AUGCUGUUGUGGAUCUUAGCUGCUUUCGCAGUGCCGGCGCUUGGCGCCACACCGCGGCAAGUGCAGGUCCUUGCAGAUGGAUCUGUUCACGCCUUCUCUCAUUCUCACCUUUGGCCCUCUGCCAGCCUGCUCCGACGUCAAACUGCUGACCUGGCAGGUUUCGCGCGCUCGACGCCUUCCCCUACAAUUGCAGCUGCAAACGUGAGCAGUGGUUUGGCCAGUGGGCUCGCCAACGUGACAAACUCCCUUGACCACCUGCAAGGCGAUGUCUCCUCAGCAGAGGUCAUGCACGUGAGGUUGGAUGGCCACGGCGACACCUUGGAGAUCGUGAGCACAAUCAUUUUUACCAUGACGGUCUGCGUGUGGCUGCUGGUUGGUUUCAAAGUCUUGAGCUGGCUCUAUCCCACGCUUUAUUCUCAACGAGAGCUGGAGCAGAGAGGCUUCUGCAGCAGUGAGGGUGUGGGACUUGCGGAAGCUAUCGCGGAUGUGACAUCGCUGUGGCACCAGCUAGCUGUUGCAAUGUUCCUGAAGGAGGAGGACGUUCUGGAGGUGCAGGGCCUGGACGCGUGGAUGCACAUGCAGUUUCAGUGGUUGUCAUUGCGGAUCAUUAUGUCCCUUUGUCUGGUUCCGGUCAUCGUCUGCCCACUGCACUGGACACAUGUCCAGCCACACAGCUCUGAGCUUUUCUCGCGGCUAAACUUGGCAGUCAGCGAGGAUCGCUACUUUGUUUUGUGGAUCCAUGUCGCAGUGGUUUGGGCCGUGGUCUUGCUGACGACCCGGCAGCUGCACAUGGCCAUGAAGCAGUUUGUUCCUGCACGCCACCGCUGGCUCAGUGCAAUGGAGUUCCCACGGUCCACCACGGUCUUGGUGCAGGGCAUGCCAGAGUCCAUGUCUUCAGAUACACGCUUGCAGUCUUACUUCACGGGCCUCUUCGGCGAGAAUGCAGUUGUGCGCAGUUACGUCGUGCGCAACACGCGGCUUCUACAGAGGAAGCUCGAGAGGCUUUGCAAAGCUGAGCGGGCGCUGGCAAAAGCCAUCCUCAGGAGCCAAGCAGAAGGUUUGGAUCCGGCUUCCUCAGAGCUGGUCCAGUUCCGGCGCGAGUCGGUUGCCGACAUCAAGGAGGAGGUCGCUGCUGAGAGAAUUCGGCUGGGACGGCUAAGCCAUGCACUGGACCCUGAUGUUUGCACGACCACUGGAUUCGUCACGUUUCGCACGCGACUGGACAUGAGACUUGCUGCACGCGAGCAACUGGGAACCGACACCUUUGCUCUCGUCUUGCAGCAGGCGCCCUCGCCUAUGGAUGUGGCCUACGAUGCGCUGAUUGUGCGACCGAGCUUCACUCUCCAGCGCUUGGGCGCCCUCAGCACAUUCGGCAUUUUCCUGGCAUUUGUCCCAGCGGUGGUUUUCGUGUCUACCCUGCUGAACUUGAACUCUUGGCAGCAGGUCUUUCCAGCCAUCAGCAGGUUGAAGCGCACUGUCCCCAUCGUCAUGGAGAUGUUGGAGGGUGUGCUGGCAACGCUGAGUCUAAAGCUCAUGCUCAGCUUCAUUCCCGCGGUGCUACUGAGAGUGGUCAGGGGCUUCUCCAAACCAGUGUCCAACUCCUCGGCGCAACUAAAGCUCCAGAGCACCUACUUUGCCUUCCUGGUUGUCUUCGUCCUUCUGGUGACCUCCUUCGCGCAGGGCCUGAUCACCACGCUUCUCUUCGUGGCGCAACAGCCGACUGCCAUUGUUCCACUGCUGGCAAAAUCGCUGCCCUUGACAUCCCGCUUCUACGUGAACUAUGUGGUGCUGGGGUGGGGCUCCUGCAUGUGCGAGCUCCUGCGACCCGCACCCCUUGUCCUCUUCUUGAGCCUUCGGGAGUUCAUGAGCCAGGAUGAGGCCAGGAUCCGAGCAGAGGAGGAUUCAGUGCUGAUGGGAACGCGAGCAGCAAGAUCAACCUUCAUGCUGGUCAUUGUGCUAGUCUUUUGCUCGAUUUGCCCCCUCGUCCUACUUGUUGCGUUUGCCUACUUCCUCGUGGAGCGUCUGGCACACGGAUACCUCUUCAUGGCUGCAGAGCCACGCCAAGGGGAUACAGGAGGUGAGAUCUUCGUGCAGGCGCUGAAGCAGGUACAUGUCGGACUGAUGAUCUAUGUUCUGCUCAUGGUCGGGGUUCUGGGUGCACGCGGUGCUGAAUUUGGCCUGCCCCUGGUGCCUUUGCUGUUUGCAGUGGUGUGGUCCCUGCAUGGCAUGGAGGGCUAUCUUUGGGCCAACUUGCCCCUGGACCGGGUCUUUGACCUGGAUGAUGCAGAUCCGCCAUAUGACGAAAGCCUUCAGCACGAGGUGUACGAGCAGAGCGAAUGCCGCGCCUCGGAGCCGUCACCGGCGCCGCCACAGAUCGUUGUGUCCAGGGCGUCUCUCAGCACACCUCCGGCGCCAGUGGCCGUUCCUGCUGCCCCUUCUGUGGCGCCGCCGGCACGACCAGCGCGCCCCGGCUCACCCAGCUCUCCUACCCUACGCCGACAUCGGGGGGCAGGGAAGCCCCCAGAAGAGACCGGCGCAGAGAGACCAACCAACCAGGAGCAAGAAGACCAUGAGUUCUGA